UUAAAUAAAUUCAUCAGCAACCCCUCUUUGAAAACAAAAAAAACUCAACAAAUAAAAUUAUUAUAGCCCCUCUCUCUUCUCAUUUUCUUCUUUUUAUUUCUUUUCUGUUGUUAUUCUCUACGUCAUGGCAACGGCAAUCUCUUCAACAUCUCUGCCCAUUCCGCCGCCAGCUUCAGCGACAUGGUGGUCACCAAAGACAAUUCUUCAAAUACUGUUUGUCAACUUUGGCUUGUUUUUUCAGUCAACCUGCGUCGUGUUUACGCAACUCUUUUCGUUAUUUAUUUACCCAUUUUCGUUUAAAAAGUACCGCCAAUUUAUUUCAUACACGAUGCGUAUGUGGUCUCAAAGUCUGGUGGCUCUGGUACAAUGGUUUGCGCCAGCAAAUAUCGUCAUGACAUUUGAUGAAAGUUGCGGUAGUCUGGAUGAGAUUAUAAAGGAUGGUGAUAUUACAAACUUGACUUUUCCCAAAAGAAUCAUCGUCACUGCAAACCACCAGAUUUAUGCUGACUGGAUUUAUAUUUGGUGUAUCGCUCAUUUGGCAGGCGCUCACGGUGUUGUGAAAAUUAUAUUGAAGCACAGUUUAAAGAAUUUGCCUGUUUAUGGAUUGGGCAUGCGGUUUUUUGAUUUUAUUUUUUUGAAAAGAAAAUUGGCCUUGGAUCAUGAUACCAUUGUAGGUAAUUUGGAACGGUCAAAAAAGAGUGAUCAACCAAUGUGGCUUGUUUUAUUCCCCGAAGGCACAGUUGUAUCACCAUGUACUCGUAAAAGAUCAAAGGAAUUUGCUGAAGCAAGUAAUAUGAAGGAUAAUAGAUAUACAUUAUUACCACGUUCAACAGGGUUAAGACUGUGUACAACAACACUGGAUGACAGCGUAGAGUACAUGUAUGAUUUUACCAUUGGAUAUUCCGGUGUAGGAGCCAAUGAUAUACCAGAACAAGUGUACACCAUCCAAAGUAUCUUUUUUUUCAAGCAUUUCCCAAAACAGGUGCAUGUUCAUGUGCGUCGUUUUAAAAUUGCCACCAUCCCAAGAGGUAACGGAGAGGAGUUUAAUCAAUGGGUCCAUCAAAGAUGGGUAGAAAAAGAUGAAUUGAUGGGCCAUUUUUACAAGUAUGGCGUAUUCCCCGAUACCCAAGACAGAACCAUAGAUGUACCUAUCAAGCUUCGUAACAAUUCUGUCAUGGAUUUAGCACAGAUCUGGAUCUUUUUGGUUCCAUACAUAUUGCUACUUAAACAGCUACUAAAUUUUGAUUUUCAUGUUCAAAAUGCAGCUGCUUAAAAACAACACUCGUAACCCCUUUCGUCGCCAUAUAUAAACAUAAUAAAACUUUACAAUUUCUUCCUCAUAGAUGACUGUCC